AUGCAAAAGAAAAUAUGUUUUAUUGUAACAUUGACCAUCUGCUACUACGUUAAAUCAUCGCCAGUGAAAUUAGAUACUCUCCAAUUUGACAAUCUUGAUACAGAUCUUUCAGAAUUGGGGUACGAGGUCGAAGAAGAAGAUUUGGAUGACUUUUCAAAACUCCUUGACGAUGUCGACCGAACUUCAAAGUCCGGUAGUGAAAAUAGUCAAGACAAUGCGAAAUCUAAUUUAAAUGUGAAUACUUCUGGAUUUAAGAAGAAAAAUACAGAGAAUAAGGGUGUGCAAAGUAAACACAACAUCGGUGACAUCAAAAAGUUCUUCAACGCAGCAGGAGUGCACGAUCAAGGCUCAUAUGACGAUGCCGACAUCUAUGCGUUAGCGGAAGGCAUAGCAGCUGCAGUCGUUGGCACCGACGGCAAUGAAAAUAGGACAUAUAAAAAGGGUACUAAGACAAGGGGAUUUCACCGAGUGCACCAUAAAGAUGAAUACAAAAAAGAUCAAGAGUUCUAUGAGGAUGACGAAACAAGUGGAACAAUCAAGAAAGUUGGAGCAAAAGCCAUAGGCGUUAAAGUGGGAGCUGGAGCAGAUUUUAAUAAAGGUCACUUUCAUCAUGAUCGUCAGAAAGGAGUCUAUGGGAAACGUGGAUAUCUUGAUAGAGGAUAUUUGAAUGCAGAUACCAAUGCAUAUUCUGAUUCGGAAGGAUUUGAUGGAUCUUUUAAAAACAGUAGUUAA